AUGUCUGAGCUGCGUGCUGUGGCUAGCUUGGAGGAAGAGCUGACCUGUCCCAUCUGCCUGGGCAUUUACAGAGACCCCGUGUCCCUGAGCUGCAGCCACAGCUUCUGCAAGGAGUGCAUCCAGGAGGUGCUCAGACACUGGCACAGCCCAGAGGGCCCUGCCAGCUGCCCGCUCUGCUGUGCCCAGGCAGACCCUGCCACGGCCCUGCAGCCCAACGUCCAGCUCCGCAGCAUCAUGCAGAAGUUUUUGGAUGCUCCCACUCAUCAAGAGCAUGAAGUGCAAAGCGAAGAGAAGGGGGAAAGUUCUAGCUGGCAAGAUGAGGUGAUCCUGUGUGAUUUCUGCCUUCAGGAGCCCCAGCCAGCCAAAAAGACCUGCCUGACUUGCGAAGCCUCCCUGUGUCAAGCCCACCUGAGGAAGCACAGCACAAAAAGCCCCCUGAAAGACCAUGUCCUGGUGGAGCCCUGUGAUCCUCAGGCUUUGGCUGAGAGGAGAUGCCCCCAGCACGGCAAACUGCUGGAGUGCUACUGCAAGAGGGACUCGGUCUGCAUCUGUGUCCUGUGCUGUGUUGCUGGCUCCCACAAGAACCAUAAAAUCAUCACUUUGGAGGAGGCUUUUGGCCAAGUGCAGCGUGAUUUUUCUGAAAGACUGACAACUGUAGAAACACAGGAAGCUGCGCUGGAUCAAAGCAUAGCAAACCUGCUGAAAGAAGAGGAGGGAGUAAAGACUAAGGAGAGCCUGCGGAGGAAUCAGCUGGAGAGCCUUUUUAAAGAGAUGCAUCUGCAGCUAGAUAACCAGAAAGCUAAGGUCCUGGAAGCUCUCAGUCACAAUGAGGAGCAACAGAUUUUUCAGAUUCAGAUGCAGAUACAAAAUCACAGAGAGGAGAAGGAUGCAGCCAGUCGUGAUAUAGAGGAGCUAAAGGCUCUGGGAGAUCAGAAAGACCCCCUUCUUUUCAUUAAGUUCAUGAACAUCUGA